AUGCAGCAAAAUACCGGAAAAUAUCCAUAUAAACUCGCCCCUGACAAACCCGACCCGCCAGAGCCGCUUAGCUAUUCCCAUUAUCCAGUCGCUGGAUUGCAGCAUCCGGCAAUGAGCGAGGAUAUUGCCCCACCAAAUGUGAUGGAUCAAGAAAGUAUUCAUAGUCGAAUGGCGACGAGCACUACCCAUGACUUUGAGACGCUCAGUCAGACUCCCUGGUCCAACAACUGGCGGCCCUUCUUGGUGGGACAAUUCCCGUCGCAAGAAUAUAUCCAAUCGACCAACCAAGAGCCUCCAUGGGCUCAGUCUUACCAACCAACUGCGGCUGACGCUUUUCCAAACCUCGGAAUAUACGGAGUCGCUGCAUCCCCCGAACAAUUCCAGGGUAUACUGGGUGUUUCAACAUAUGGAGCAGGUUUUCCAGGCCAUAAUACGGCAGUUGUCCCAGUCCAGAGUUCAUCCAGUGACUACCAGAACUAUUUUAACGACCAGGAAACAGCAUCUUUGUCGAGCGGUUUAUCUUCACCAAUCGUUCAAGAUGACAACAGGGCUAUAAACAUAAAGCGCUCCCAUAAGCGUCAGGAGGCCACGCCUCCCGAACAGGUGGAACUACAAUUUCCCUCUCUUAUGGAAUACUAUGGGAAAACUGGGAAACCUGUUCCAACCAAGCUCUUAAACGUCACAAGAAAUAAUAUGGGUCGCAACAAGACAAGAUGCAAAUUUGAAGGCUGCGGCCACGAGAGCACCCGCUCUGCAGGAAUCUAUCAUGCAUUGCAUCAUAUUGAUGCUCGCCCACAUGUCUGUGAUAAGUGGUGA